AUGGCUGAAAAUCGAUUGGUUUCUUUCUCACUGGUCUUUCUCGCCGCCGCCACCGUCGUCUUAUUCGCCGGCCAAGCUCAGGGAAUCGACAUCUGCGGAGAAGCCGGAUACGUCCCGCUCUGCCGAUCCGUAGUGAAAGGCGUUUCCGAUCCGGCGGUCGCCAUUGUAAAAGCCAUCGAACAUCUGUUAUUCGAAACAAAACGCGCGAAAGCAGCGAGCGUAAAGAUGGUCAAUAAGCAGGCCAUAAACGUCUGCAAUCAGAACUACGACUCCGCCAUUGACGACCUGGAGAAGGCCUUGGAGUAUUUGAAGAGCAACGACAAGGCGAGCCUUCGAGUGAUGCUUUCCGGGGCGUUAUCUUUCUACGUUUCUUGCACCGAUGCGGUGAUGGAAGUCACCGGCUUCGGCGUCGUCAAAAUGGUUUCAGAGAUUGUGAAGACGGAUACGACGCUGAAACAGUUGGCUAGCAAUUGCUUGCACAUCGCCUCUUUGUUGAAGUGA